GAGUGUGUAUCUGGAAGAAAGUACAAUUGAAGUGUGUGUGUUUGGUGCAAUUAUUAGGAAAUGCUACUUCCCAGCUCCUGUAACCAUGAGACGCUGGACUUUCCAACCAUCGCUGAGAAGGCUCUACCCACAGCAAUCGAUCCAAAGAUAUUCUCCUGGUGUCCAACAAUGGAUCUUUUUGCUUUGCUAUCCCACAACAACUCGAAUAUCUUUAUUUACAGGAUCAAUGGUCAGAGGGUUUGGAAUCUAUCAAUCAGGAACUCAACUAUCAAAGAGCUACUAUGGAAACCUGAUGGAAAAUCAUUGGCUUUAAUAACCGCCGAUGGAAUUUGCAAAUUGUAUGAUUCAAAUAAUGGGAAACUUAUAACCACUAUUGAUAACCAGAAUCAGCAUAAAAACAAGAACGAAAAUCUCAGUGAUAAUAAUAAUAAUGAUGAUAAUAUAAUUGAAAUCGCUAAUUGGGACAUAAGACUAAAACCUUUAUCCAAUGUGUCAACCUUUGAAAAUUUAUUCAACAUUGAUGUUUCGAAAUCUUUGCCAAAUCUAUCGAUUUUACCAAAUGCCUCUACUGAAAGCAUAUUUACUACAAAAUUGGCUAUAGAUGGUACAAUUAAGUCCACCUCUAAUAAUUUCAUUGAGAACUUUUCCAAAUUAAAUUUGAAUUUGAAUUCAGAUUCAAUGUUGAACUCAUUGACAGAUUCUCUGCCCAAUUCACUCUCUUCCAAUCAAAUAUCAAAUGAAGACCAAACAGAUUUGUUAAUCUUAGUUUAUAAAAAUUUAUCAUUUGAUAUAACAAUAUUUGGUUUAUUUAAUAUUGGAAAAGUCAAUUAUUUUUCUUCAAAGGAUUUCCAAAUAAUCAAAGUUUUAAAUAUAAUUUCAAUUAAUGAUUUACAAAAUCACCUAAUCUUAUCAGUUUCUAAUAAUAACGACAAUAAUAGUCAAGAUGACAAAAAAUAUUUAUCAAUUUUGAAAUUGAAUUUAAAUUUUAUAUCACUUUUUAAAAAUUACUUAAAUUAUGUUGCACUAAAUUUUACAAAAAUAUUGGCAAUCUUAAAGUAUAUCAAAGAGUCAAUAUCAUUAAUUAAAAAUGAUUGUGCUCCCUUUUUAGAAUUCAAUUUAAAACUAAUAUCAAUUUUAAAUGAUAAAUUUGACAACAAUUCAACUUCAAUUAUAGAACUUUAUAAUUUAUUAUUGACUGGAAUGAUGAAUGAUUCUUUAAAGGAUUGGCUACAAAAUGACAUUGGUGAAAAAAAUCUUAAAAAAUGGAUUAGAUUAGGCACUGUUUUUUUCGAUAAUAUUCGUAAAAACUUAUUCAUCUUUUUAACUCAAGCAUUAAUUCGACUAUUAGUUUAUUUAUCGAAUUUAAAUGGAUUGGCGAAAUGGGAGGAAAGAGGAUCACCAUUAGGUCUCAAUCCUACUUUUUUCAAUAGUUGUAUACAUUCAAUCUCAAAAUUAUUAAGAAAAAUUUAUAAUUUUAUAUUAAAAAUUAAUAAUAUUCAAAAUUUAUUUGAUGCCUUUAUGACCUGGCUAGGUUUUAUUAUUAAUCAAUUAAAUUCAUCUGAUCCAAUUUAUGAUAGUAAUCAAUAUGUUAAAACUUUAGAUAUUGCAAACUAUAUUACAAAAUAUUUAAAUAACUCUAAUAUUUUCAAUUUUUUGACCAAUAAUGCUAUUGCUAAUACCAGUGAUAAUGUCAAUAAUUUAGAAAAAUUAUCGUUCAAAAUAUAUAAUCAAAUCUCAGAAAUAUUAAAUCACGUCAAACUUGCAAUUAAGAAACAUAUUUCGUUUGAUCAGCCGAUAAUUUUAGAUAAACUUGACGGCCAAAAUAAAGAUUCAAUUUAUAAAAUAAGACCAAUUUAUAAUACUGUUAACAAAUUUUAUGACGUUUAUGUGAUAUCCUAUCCAAAUUUGACAUCUUUUAAAUUAUAUAAAUUAGAGGAUCGUGAUAGUAAACUCACGAAAACAAUCACCAUUUUGUUUGAUUUGAAUAAUAUAAUUGAAAAUGGGGAAAUACUUUCCAUUGAUUUUCUAGAUGAUUUGGAGAUUGUGAUUUUAUAUUUAGAUCAAAAUAAUUCAAAAGUACAUUUAUUUACAAUUUAUUAUACAAAUUAUCAACAAGAUUAUUCUGCGAGCCAAAUAGAAGAAACAAUCGGAAAUUCAAAAAAAGAUAUAUGCAUCAAAAUCAAGGCUAAUAGUGACAGCAAUAUAAUUAGAAAACGAUUGUUUGAAGGUGACUUUCUCCCCAGUUCAAUGAUUUUCAAUGGCAGAAAAGGUCGACGUAUUGGUUGUUUGUUAGAAAAUGAUUUGCAAAGAUAUAUGCUAGUCGAUAUUGAAGGUGAGCCUGAAAACGAUCCAGAGGAUGAUCUGGAAAAUAAUAUUGAAAAUGAGUAAUCUAAGAAUCAAAAAUCCAAUCCUCAGCUGUUUGGUAUUUUCUAUUGCUAGUUCUAGAUAAUAGAUACUGAUUAUUGCCAAA